UGACAGGAGGGCCUGCAGAAGAAAGUUCUGUCCCUCUUGGGUUCAGAUGCUCAUCUGAUUACAUAAUGGCCGCGCUACUGUGAGCUGGAACCGGUACCACCAGUACCAGCGAACUGAGAGACUUUUACUGCUGCUCCAUUUGUCUCCUCUUGUUUUAUUGGAAGAUGGAUGUAGACAAGCUCCCUGAUGUGAAAGAAAGAAAUGGUGCUAACGUGAGCGUCUAACGUCCAGAAAAGAGGUCGAGUCAAAGUGCCAUUUUUUAAUAGUGAAAAUCCUUUGAAGUGCUUCUUUUAUGCCUCUGGUCCACUCGAUCGCCUUUUGAGACAAGAGAGUGUCCAACAUGACGUCCGCAACCCCUCCGUCCUCUGAGAGCUCCUCACCUCAGAAGGUCUGCCACUCCCAGACACAGACGGAAGUCACCAAGCCUCUACUUGGCUCCCCUGUGGGCACCACUGCCACAGGUGUGGCGGCAGCAGGCGCCACGGCUCUCAGGUUAAGACGCCGUGUGCUGUCAAAAGACGGACGGAGCAACGUAAGAAUUGAACAUGUCAGUGGGAGAGGAGCGCUGUAUCUCCGCGACCUGUGGACAACAUUUCUGGACAUGCAGUGGCGAUAUAAGUUCUUUCUCUUCGCUGCCACAUUCGCUGGGACUUGGUUUGCGUUUGGAGUGCUUUGGUAUUUGGUGGCAUUAGUGCACGGGGACCUACUUGAGUUUGACCCUCCAUCCAACCACACACCCUGCGUGAUGGAGGUGAAGACACUGACAGGUGCCUUCCUCUUCUCUCUGGAGUCCCAGACUACGAUCGGUUAUGGCUUCCGCUGCAUCACUGAAGAAUGUCCAGUGGCCAUCAUCCUACUCAUCUUUCAGCUUGUCAUCACCAUGGUGAUGGAGAUCUUCAUCACAGGCACUUUCCUGGCAAAGGUCGCUCGGCCGAAAAAGAGGGGAGAGACAGUAAAAUUCAGUCAACAUGCUGUGGUGUCAAACCAUGAAGGUCAGCCGUGCCUGAUGAUUCGAGUGGCCAACAUGCGUAAAAGUCUGCUGCUAGGUUGUCAGGUGACGGGAAAGUUGCUGCAGACAUCGCUCACUAAAGAAGGUGAGACAGUGAGACUGGAUCAGAGGAACGUCGCCUUCCAGGUGGACACGUCCAGCGACAGCCCCUUCCUGAUCAUCCCCCUGACUUUCUACCAUGUCAUCGAUGACACCAGCCCCCUGAGAGCCUGGGCUGCCAAAGGCGGUGGCUGGACAGAUCCUGAGCUGGCCGACUUUGAGCUGCUGGUCAUCCUGAGUGCCACGGUGGAACCGACAUCUGCCACCUGCCAAGUCCGAACAUCGUACCUUCCCGAGGAGAUCCUGUGGGGCUACGAGUUUCCGCCCGUCGUCUCUCUUUCCCCGUCUGGGAAAUACGUAGCAGACUUUGCGUUCUUUGACAAAGUCGCGAAAACCAAAAGCCUACCUUCCUUCAAGCAAGGCCUCCCCACAACUCCACCCAUGCUGCGAAACCAUGGCAACAAAGAGGCUGACCCCGAGAAGGUGCGACUGGAAGAGAGCUACAGGGGCGAGGAGAGGGGGCGGGACAGGGGCCGGCUCAGAGAUGCUAGCCCGUUGAGCGUGCGGAUCAGUAAUGUGUGAGGACCAGGCCAGCUGCUUCAAGGAAUCGAAGCAUUCUCAUCCCACAGUCAACAAGGUUGCGCUUCACGCCUGGAUUACACAAAUCCACACAUUCAAAUGUGCAGUACGUCAGUAUGUACACCCAAGUCUAGCCAAGCUUCUUUUUCAAACUGAGUUCCAAUAUGACGACUAAGGGUAACAAAGCAUCAGGAGCUGUCAUUGUUCCUCCUCCAACAGAUCGGACGUGUUCUGUUUUUCAUGAAGAGAAUGUACUUCUUUUGUUUUCAUCUACCAAAACCCCUAACAGCACUGUGGUUGGUGGCACCACUGUGAUCGCUGACAGAAAUGUCACUUGUGAAUUUGUUUAAAUUGCUUACUAAAGCACUUUAACCUGCCUUUGAACCUCACAGAGGAAAUGACUGAACUAACAAGGCACUGUAUGAUUGUGUUCUCUUUGAAUCUUUUUUUGUAAGGUACCUAACAAACAAAAAAAUAUCAGUUUAUCAGUUUAGUAACAGGAUUUCUUGGUUUCAGAAUGAGAAUCAGAAAUACUUUCCUUUGUUACUUAAUAUGCUUUGUAAACAACAAAUAUAUAAAUAUCAAAUGUAAAUAAUAAAAUACAAAAUACUCUUUUUUUAAGAGACAGUUUUUGAAAGAAAGAGGAAAGAAGGCUAUGCACAUUUUUAGAAAUCACUGAUUGGUAAAUGUUUUUUCUAAAAAAUAGUCUAUGUUUAUAUAAAGUUAGCACUAUAAAUUAUUGUAAUUACAAAAAAUAUGUUAUGAAUGACUGCUAGCUUUGAUUGUUAGGACAGAACGGGCCGUGCAAACUAUAACUGUCACGCUGGCCAAGUGCUCGGAAGCAAGGAACAGUGGAGAUUUUUUUUUCAUCCAUUCUGUCUGAAAGCUGAAAUUUGAACGCAUGCAGUGACGGUGCAAUGGAAGAGUCACAGGGCCAAGGCAAUGCUGAAGAAAAGGUUCUAAAUUCAGACAGUGGAGUACAGGACAAGAGAAUUGCUUUGGCUUCUGCUGGUUUUUCAAAAUUGUAUUAUUACUAUUACUACUAUUAAAAAAAAAAAAACCAUGCAUACACAUACAGCCACACGUGAGCCAGCAAUUCUCACCCACUUUAUUACAACAUGCAAAGAUGCUUUUCUUGUCCUGACACUGAAAGAAAUUUUGUCGCAGACUAUGACACUGUAUUGAUUCUGUACCUUUAGACCUGGGCUUUACAUGUCAGGUUUACUAUAUCAUAUUACUUUUUGGAAAUAGACAGCAGUGCUGGUCAGCAAGACAUAAGAAAGGAACUCAAAAGGGACGAUUAGCAUAUUGAUCUGUUUUUUUUUUCUGUUUCUGAAUGUAAAGAUGUAAAAUCUUAUUACAUAAGCUGAAUUCUGGCUGUUAAAUGUAUUCCCGUUCAACCUGGAGCUAUUUCAAGAAUUAUUUUUACACACAUUAGUUAUUUUCUUUUCCUUCAAUAAUACCACCACUGUACUUUAUAUUGUCGUGCACGAACAAGUGUCAGCCACGUUGUUGCUUUUGAAUACCAAACAGCAUCCAUUUCAUCGGUUCAGUUCAGAAGACUGGAGUAAUUUUUUAAAAAUGUGAUGGUCAUGUACGAUGCCAUAUGGUAACAGUAACAGAUCCAAGUAACGUGUGCUAGAAAUGUUCACCCAGACUUUUGAAUUAAGAAUACCUCGUUUCCCAAAACUGAUUUUUGGGGAAGUUCAUAUCUGAAUAACUGGUUAUUCACUAGUGGUUUCCACUGGAUUUUUUUCUCUCUUGACCCGGGUGUUUGUUUUAGGUUUGAGUUUGAACAGCAGGUUGAAAACUAAGGCCUGUUCUGUCUGCACCCUAGUUGUAGAACACAUGUUCAUGACAUUAUGUUGCAUUUAAAGGGGCUCUGUCCUUCAUAUCCAUAUUUUCUUCUGAAUGUUGAACCCUUGCUCUGCAUUAUGCGUAAGUGCCACGUCACGUCAUUUAUUGAAGCACAUUUACCUUGAGAUGAACCACAGACAACAGCGUUGGCGGAAGACUUAUACGGUCCGUCAUUUGAGAUUAAUAGAGUAGCGUAAUGUAUAAUGAGGACCCCUUUAAUAAAACCCAAAUAUCCAAUUUCACGUUCAAUAUGCCAAUAUGGAUUGCUCUUCAACAUAUUUUGAAUAUUUGAAAAGCUAAACGAGAUGACGGUCAAGCAAGGGACUCGUAUUUUAACAGGAAAUUAGAAUUUGUGAGUUGUAAAACUCUGCCAGUAGAAUUGACCGACACGUCACUGGUAGCUAACUUCUACACUGACUGUGAUGUUUAACCACUGUGACUCUGAGUCUGUAACUGCUAACAAAGACA